CUCUGCUACCUUGAGCUUCGACAAGCUAGCUUCGUCCGUCAUUAGUGCGAGUUACCUUGGCGGCAAAGGCGGCAAGCAUCAGGUCACGGGACUUUAGAGCGCGACACGUGUGCCACGCCGAUGAUGUCAGAUUCGAGCCAGCCCAGAUCGGCAUUAGGCUGCUUGCAUCUUCCUUCUCUUGUAAAGGGCGACAAAGCUUGUCAUCUGCAGUAUUCAGUCGCGCAUCUUUGCACGAACGAUCCACAGAUCUACAAUCGUAAUGGCCGAGAACACGAACAUCGACAAGGGUGCGCGUUGUCAGUCUCCAAUGGUUCCUUUGCUGAUCGAUGCUUGGGCUCAGGCGACAAGGUCAGCUGGAACUGGGGCUCUGGACAGCCCUCAGGAAAGGUGGAAAGCAUCAAUGCUGAAACGACGACAGUAGAGUCGAAGCGGGGCAACGAGGCCAGUCUCGCUUGCUAUUAUGCUGGUCUGGAGCUCAUAUGAAUCUCUAUAGAUAAAGAAGAAGGGCACCGAAGAUGAUCCUGCCGUGCAUAUCAAGCAGGGCCAGAACGUGCGCAUACUAGCAUUGCAACGAAGCCCAGGCUGACUUGCGCAUACAGAAUGUCCUCAAAAAGGCUUCG